CAAAAAUAAGGAAAUGAAUUCAAGUCCUAAAAUGAAACACGAUGUGUUCAUAAGUUUCAGGAGCAAAGACACUCGUGACAACUUCGUAAGCCAUCUCUGUGGCUGUCUACGUAGGAAACGGAUCAAAACCUUCUUGUAUGACGAACUACCAGCUGACGAGAGGUAUGAAGAGUCGUUAAAAGCAAUUGAAGUAUCGAAAAUUUCAGUCAUUGUGUUCUCGGAAAACUUUGGGGAUUCGAGAUGGUGUUUAGAUGAAGUUGUAGCCAUCUUGAAAUGCAAAGAAAAGUUUGGUCAGAUUGUGAUACCUGUCCUUUACCAUGUUGAUCCUCUCGACAUUGAAAAUCAGACAGGAAGUUUUGGAGAUGCCUUUGCUAAGCGACGGGAUAAAGCCGAACAGCUUCAAGAAUGGAAAGAUAGUUUUACAGAAGCCAUUAACCUCCCUGGAUGGAGUACUGCUUAUUUGAGUGAUGAGGAGAUGUUGGUGAAUGGAAUAGCUCGGGAAAUCGAGAACAAACUGCUAAGAGCCUCAAGAACGAAGGUUAUGAUUGAGUGGUCUUUAGUCAUCACCAACCUCAUGUUGGAGAUACCUUCUUCUGUUUUCGACCAGAUCUCCUCUGCACAUAAACCUUUAUAUGCAUUGGCUGCAAUGUCAAUGUCAUUGUUAUCAUGUCUACUUUGCAUUGUAGAUCUCUUACACAAAGGCAGAGUUGACAGAGUUGUGUGGAAGUGGACUUGGCCCAUUCCUUGGUUUCACUAUCAAACUCAAAGAUCAAACAGAUUUGGUAGUUUUCCAGAGAUGCUAGGCUUGGUUUGUGCCUUGUGCCAAACAACUAUCACUGCCGUUAACUAUUCAUUCAUCACACGUAGAGAUGAUACUCCCAUCAAAUUCUCGGUUUGGCCAAUCAUGUUUGCGCUAGGUUUACUUUGCACUUUGUUGAUUAAAAGAUUUAGAUAACUAUUUCCAUUAUUUACUUGUUGCAUACUAUAUAUAGAUACACUUACUUUGUUAUAAUUUGUUCUCUCUUCUGUUUU